GGAGAGGUGGGGGGCGAUGAGCGCGGAUUUGGACCGCAUGUCCCUAGGGUCGUGCUCUUCCGCGGCCUCUUCCUCCCGGUCCAACACCUUCGGCGGAGCGGCUGCGAGGGCCCCGGGGCUUGGGGGGCAACCGGGGCCCGCCGCGGCGGGGGCGUCUGGAGCUGGGAUCCGCCUGCUGUCGGCCAACGUGCGGAAGCUCCACGGGGCGCUGAACCUGCUCCUGAGCGAGGCGGAGCGGGAGCAGUUCAUCCAUUGCUUGAACGUCUAUCACUGCCGGAGGAAUGUGUUCGAUUUGGUGCAGACCCUCAAAGUCCUCCUCGACGGCCCCGAGAAGAGGCAGCUCCUGCCCAUGUUGCGGCUAGUCAUCCCCCGCUCGGAUCAGCUCCUCUUCGACCAGUACACCUCCGAGGGGCUCUAUUUAAAGGCGGACUUCUUGCCCGCCGGCAACACGGGCCUCGACUCCGCCGGCUCCCCGCGCGUCUUGCCCGCGGCGCCAGCCUCGUCCGCCUGCUCCGCGUCUCCCAUCUGGCCUCCCCCUGUCGUCUCGCGGAAGUCCCUGCAGGAUUUCAGCACCACGCUCGACGGGACAGCUCCGCCGGGGCCCUCUGGCUUAGAGGAACUUCGCGGGGAGGUCAGGCAAGUCACCCUCAAGAGGCACAAGGCGCAGGAGGGCUUAGGAUUCAGUAUCCGAGGGGGCUCCGAGCACGGCGUUGGGAUCUAUGUCUCCCUGGUGGAACCAGGCUCCCUGGCGGAGAAGGAAGGCCUCCGGGUGGGAGACCAGAUCCUGAAAGUCAAUGACAAGCCCUUGGACAAGGUGACCCAUUCUGAAGCUGUGAAGGCGCUCAAGGGCUCCAAGAAGCUGAACCUGUCUGUCCACUCGGUGGGGCGUAUCCCCGGCGGCUAUGUCACCAAUCACAUCUACACCUGGGUGGACCCCCAGGGCCGGAGCGUCUCUCCCCCGACGGGCCUGCCCCAGCACCAGAGCAGUUCCCUGCACAAGGAUGGUGAGAAAAGGAGCCAUCUCCAACUUCUGCAAGAAGGAGAUGAGAAAAAGGUGAAUCUGGUGCUGAGUGAAGGGCGAUCUCUCGGCCUCAUGAUCCGAGGAGGAGCUGAGUAUGCUCUUGGGAUUUACAUCACAGGUGUGGACAAGGGAUCUGAAGCAGAAAGCGCUGGCUUGAAGGUCGGGGACCAGAUUCUGGAGGUGAAUGGCCGCAGCUUCCUCAGCAUUCCCCACGACGAAGCGGUGAAGCUCCUCAAGUCCUCGCGCCACCUCAUCAUCACCGUCAAAGACGUUGGGAGGCUACCUCAUGCUCGGACAACAGUGGACGAGACCAAGUGGAUAGCCAGUUCCCAGAUUGGAGAGACGGUGGUCAACCUGGCAGGGGUCUCUGGAGAUCACAAAGCAGAGGUGACAGCAAAGCCAUCUUUUUACAGAGGCCUGGCAGGAUCCCAGGUAACCCUGACCAGCUUGGUGAACCAAAGCCGUGUAAUGCUGGAGGAACAAGCACGCCAUCUCCUGAACGAACCCGAAAGAGCCACCAUGGCCUAUUACCUGGAUGAAUAUAAGGAGAACAACAUCCCGGUCGAUGCCCUCGUCAUGGCUCUCUUUGAACUGCUCAACACUCACGCCAAGUUCUCGCUCUUGUCGGAGGUGAGGGGAGUCAUAUCUCCUCAGGACCUUGACUGCUUUGACAACCUGGUCCUGAAGAGGGAGAUUGAAUUCAUGAAGGCUCGGCAGCCCUCGGGGACAGGGACAGACUCUUACUCCUUGAUGUCUUGCAGUGACACUGCCUCUUCCACCGGGAGCCAUUUCACCUCCACCACAGUCAGCUCGGCUCGGGAGCGACUCUUGUGGCUUAUCGACCUCAUGGAGAACACAUCAGACUUGGAAGGAGGCGGGAAGGGAAGUCAAAGCAACAUCAAUGCCCUGCCCGACAUCUCACUGGACAACCUUCCCUCUUUCCCUGAAGAGCCUCCUGCCUUCAGGCUUCCUCCUUCUCCCUCAUCGCCAACAGUGGGGGACCCCUCUACUCCACAGGACAGAGCCACGGAGAACGACACCCUCAAGAGGCCAUCUUUGGAAUCGUCCCAAUCGGGCCUCUUCUUUGUGGCCCCCCAGAGCCCCACACCGCCCACCAGCCUCUCCGAGAAGGACACAAGCAGCGUUACCUCCUCCUCCACAGAUGACUCCACCUCCAGCGCCAUCUACACUUCCAUCUCCACGGUCGGCCGUGCUUCCCGAAGGCCCAUGGAUGCCCACCUAUUGUUGGUCAACCAGCACCUGAUAGGACCCUUCCCUCGCGUCCAGUCGCCAACACGGUUGAAGAAUCCCUCUCCGGAGAGGGCCAUGCUGGCUGGCACCCUUCCAAGCCCCAACACACCAUCCCCUUCCCCUCCACCACCUCCGCCCCACCCGGCUCCUCCUCCUCCCGGUGAGAAGAGAGGUGCUGAGGCCGGCAUCACUCAGCACUUUAUCAUGGUGGAAGUUCAUCGGCCCGACAGUGAGCCAGAUGUCAAUGAAGUGAGGUCCUUGCCCCAAGCCAGAGGGUGGUUCAACAGAGAUUUACUACUUCUUUCUAUGCACGCUCAAAGAUCCCUGUCUCAGGCAAACAUGAAGAACGAUCCGAGUUCAAGGUCACAUUUCAGCCAGGCAAAGACACUCAAGGAUGGUGCAAAACAGGCCUUUCUCCCGCUGUUGCCUGCCCCAGCCUCGACGCUCUCUCAGCUUUCGGACAGCGGGCAGACCCUCAGCGAGGACAGCGGCGUGGAUAUCGGGGAUGCGGAGCUCAGCACCAAAGACAGGAACCGGCCGCAGGGUCCCGUAAAAAGCAGGAGCUCCCCGGAAGCACUGAAAGCCGAUGGGCCAGUAGAGGCAAGCCCAAAGCCGCCUGGCCUCCUGGAACCGACGUCCCACCUGAUCCGGGUGACAAAGAGCGCCCCGACCUUGGGCAUCGCCAUUGAAGGAGGAGCCAACACUCGUCAGCCACUGCCUCGGAUUGUCACUAUACAGAGGGGAGGCUCUGCCCACAACUGUGGGCAGCUGAAGGUGGGUCAUGUGAUCCUGGAAGUGAAUGGUGUCACCCUCCAAGGAAAGGAGCACCGCGAGGCGGCUCGCAUCAUUGCCGAGGCAUUUAAAACAAAGGACAAGGACUGUGUCGAUUUCCUAGUCACCGAGUUUAACGUUGCACUUUAGGGGUAAGACUGUGGAAGGCCUCAAAGCCAAAUGAGAGAAAAAGAACAAGGUUUCAAGUGGCUACGCGCACAGGUUAGCACGUGUACUAUCACGACAUCCAGAUAACUCCCACAUGAAGCCCAACAGCACAUGUUCACAUGCUGCCGGCCCAGAACACGUGCAGGAUUUCCAACCACGUAGGCUUUGGGUUGGUGCACUGGUACUCGACCGAGGCAGCUGCUCUGCUAAGGUAUCCCACCGCUCGCACCACUUCCGAGAGCCUAACAGGGCAGUUUGCAGGAACAAGAAGCAAAGGAACACGGAGCAGGAAACAAAGAGAGUCGCCUCCUGAUAAUAAUUCUUUCCAUAGAUCAUCCUCACCUGGUGGGUAAACUAUGGUUUAGAUGUCCCAUCUCUGCCCAUUUUGUCUCUGUGUUUGAAUGAGUUGGCCAGUCGCCUCUCUGAAAACCUCACCCCAGCCUUUCUAGCUCUUCCUCCCCUUGCAUCUUACGGUAGCAUCUUGCAACUGCUUCAGAGCACCCAUGGGUUGGGUGCGGGAAGGAGCCAUGUAUUGCCCCCCCCACUUCCCAAGCACUGCUAGAGGAGGGAGGCACCUCCAGGGGGCACCACCUGUAACGCUUUGGGAUUUCUUCUCCGUGACCCACCUGGUGUGAGGUUCCCACACUCUGAUUUCCCAUCCGUUCACAGCCAGCCAUGGAAGAUGCCUUGUAAAUGGCCAGCAGUGUUGCUGUAUUUAUAUAUGAAAGAGCUUGUGCUUUUAAUUUUUCAAUAAACCAAACACAUU